GGUUGCCUCUGUACCAGCCAUUGCGUUGACCAGCACCUCGUCGCCUGUGAGGUCGCUGCCCUUCUCGCCAGUUCCACUUCCUCAUCCCUGCUUUCUAUGUCCAAAAGGAGCACACAGUGCCCAGGACCGCAUUGGCUGUUGUGUUUUUUUCACAAGGGUCCCAAACUAUACCGAGAUUUGGAAUAUUACGUUACAGACCUGCAGGAAAAAUGGCGACUGCCAUUCAUAAUCCUCUAAAAUCGCUUGGUGACCAGUUCUAUAGGGAGGCUAUCGAACACUGUCGCAGCUACAAUGCCCGUCUCUGUGCCGAACGCAGCGUGCGCAUGCCCUUCCUGGACUCGCAAACUGGUGUGGCGCAGAACAACUGCUACAUCUGGAUGGAAAAGUGCCAGCGCCAGCCAGGCCAGGCAGCAGGACAGAUGUAUACCUACCCUGCUCGUUGCUGGAGAAAGAAGAGGCGACUCCACCCUCCCCUGGAUCCCCAGCUCCGCCUGUGUGAGCUUCGACUAGAAGCCGAGCUGGCCCCAAAGCGCGAGGGGCCCCCGGGGGAGGCCACAGCUUUGGAGGCCCUGCUGAGGGGGGACAGCCAGGUGGAGAAAAAAAACAGCAUCUGUAAGGAAGAGGAGACAAUGCUGGAAAUACAGAGAGUUCUGGAGGCGGAGGAAAACGGGGACGGUCUCCAUGAUGACGAUGACUUUGACAUGGAUACUCCAAAGAGAAAGAACAGAAACAGAGGCAAAAACAGAGGAUCCAGUCGCAGGAGGACAGAGCCCGUUAACAUCGACGACCAGGACAAACCUUACGUCUGUGACAAUAAAUACAAACAAAAGCAUAACUCAAAAAAGGCUGAAGAAGUUUGUGGAAAGCGCUACAAGAAUCGGCCCGGCCUGAGCUACCACUACACCCACACUCACCUGGCAGAGGAGGAGGGCGAGGAGGAGAAGGAAACAGAGAUGGCCCCGUCUCCUCCAUACUGCGCAGACAACCACAAACCUCAGAAGGCUCCAGACGGCACCAUCAUCCCCAACGACUACUGUGACUUCUGCCUGGGAGACCAGGACUCCAACAGGAAGACAGGCCAGGCCGAGGAGCUGGUGUCCUGCUCUGACUGUGGACGCUCCGGUCACCCCACAUGUCUGCAGUUCACUGAUAACAUGAUGCAGGCGGUGAGGACGUACCAGUGGCAGUGCAUAGAGUGCAAGUCUUGCAGCCUCUGUGGCACGUCAGAGAACGAUGACCAGCUGCUGUUCUGUGAUGACUGUGACAGAGGAUACCACAUGUACUGCCUGAAGCCUCCAAUGACCAAGCCUCCAGAAGGGAGCUGGAGCUGUCACGUGUGUCUGGACCUUUUAAAAGACAAGGCCUCUGCCUACGGAGAAGCAUAACUUCCUUGGACAUUCUUCUCAACACACAUGUACACACACAAUAUGUGUGUGUGUGUGUGUGUGUGUGUGCGUGUGUGUGUGUGUGUGUGUGUGUGUGUGUGUGUGUGUGUGCGCGUGCGUGCGUGUAGCUAUAUAUUAACUGUUUGACAAACCCACACUUUCUCUCAGAUAGAAUCAAACACACACAGAUACACUCUUUCGCACACACUCCAGUGCAUUAGCAGGCUCAGGGCAGUUUCCUGUGUGAGGCGCAAAGAUCUUUGACCUCUCAUGUAGCCGAGCAACACUCCAAACGGCAUCAACAUGCAAUCUCGACCAUCAGUUAACAGCAGGUCUGCCGUUCAGUCAUAUUUCUACCUCACCACUCAGCAGACGGCAAGAAGCCAAAGCAAGAUCGAUAAUGGCCAAUACUGUGCAGUACACGUGUAUGAGAAAUACUCAUUUUUUCUUCCUGAUUUUAAAUUCAUUUAAUUUGUCCUAGACGUUUCUGCUGAAGCUGUUGUCACUUGCUUCCCUUCCUGCUCAAGCUCUGCAGUGGGUUUGACUAAUGUUUGUUUAAAUUCCGCCUCCCAGCUCUACUCCUCUCCUGUGUUUAGGCUUUACAGCGACAUUCCCACUUCAUAUCUGGACAGACUCAAUGUUAGUGAUGCUAUCUUACACAGGUUUUUGUCAAGCUUGGUGAAAUUUAUAUCCUGCGCUAAGAGGAAACGGGGCCUCUGCUAUCAUUCCUGGUGGAGCGUGGUGACAUUUCUAAUCCACGUCUGCUUAUUGUAUCCUUGCAGUUACUAGGAUACCGUGGUGCUCAAUUUGACACUUUACUAAAAUUAUAAAAUUUCUUCACAUAGAAUGGUAUUAUUUAUUUAUUGUUGUAAUGGUCCAAUGUUACUGUCAAAGAGAUCAUUGUUACUGUAAAUCAGUGGUUCCCAAACUUUUUACUGCCAUGGCCCCCUUGUCAAAGCCAGAAAAUAGAUAAUUGUAUUAUAAUACGUAAACUGAUUGCAUUGUUAUCAACUGUUAAAAAAAAGGAGCUAAAAUAUAUAGAAACAACAUUAAUAUGAACACGAACUACAUUUUUCUAGAAUUUCUUCAUUUUGUUCUGGUGUUCAAGGGAAAAGUAGAAAAACAAUUAAGCCAGUGUCUUUGCACAGUGAACUCAAGAUCAAGAUUUGUAAUAUUUUACAUUUGACUGACCGAGCCUCACCAGCUAUUCUUUUCUUCCCUGACAAACCUAUUUAUCUUCUAGGUACCUUACAUGUUGUAACCUGCUCCACACAUUUGAUUCGCUAACCUCAAUCUUGAAUGCAUCAGAGCACUUUUGUUUCUUUGUUUUUCCCAAAUGAAUUGAUUUGAUUCAUAGACCUUUUCACAGCAGACAGUUUGACUUGUCAUAGCAGGAGAAAGCACAGGAUGAACUAAUAGCUCUGUUUCAUUAAAACUGACUUUUCACUAAGCCCCGCUCCUCUUUUUACUGUUGCUAGGUCCGCCUUAUUCUCGCACAACACAUUUGAUAGUGGUGGCAGAUUUAACUCUACCACUCAAAAUGUUUAGAAAUCUUAACUGUGUGUUGCAGGGAGAGUGUGUAUUUUUUAGAAACAAUAGACGUUUGUUUUCGGGAUAACAGGCUGUCGGACAAAUGGGUUUUUGGUCCAUUGGGACAUUUUUCGGCUAAGGGUUUCAGAAUAAUGAACUGUUGGAACAAUAGGCUUUCCUCAAUCCGAAAGGUAACGUUAGUUUUGAAGUAAUGUUAACAUUAACUCUAGAUUGCAGCUGUAGGUAGUAAACUAGUUAGCCAAGCUUGCUAACAUUUCCAGUUAAUGCCAGAGCAGAUUAACACACAGUUUAAAAUUGUCUUUAACAUCUGACUCGUGUAAUUGUUUUUACAAAAGCUUCUUGUUUUUUUUAAAUGCCCUUUUGGACAAAAUCCCAAACUGGAAAGGUCAGCCAUGCCCAGUAACAGUUGCUAAACAGUGAUUGGACAAUUGCUGUUUGGGGAGGAGUUUAGUGAACGGCCAGUUAAUCCUGUUAUUAGUUACACCUGGGUUUGACGUUUCAAAAAUAAUCGGCUGUGAAAAAGAUGUAUUCACCUUUUGUGGUCUCUAUAUUUUACCCACUGGUAGUGUGUGCCCCCUGCAGUACAUCAGAGUCCCUCCAGGGGGCUCCAAUGCACGGUUUGGGAACCACUGCUGUAAAUUAAACAGGGCAAUGUGUGUAUUAUCAAACCUUGAUUCAUGACUAUUUGGAACAGGCAGUGUGGUGAAUCAUGUACAUGUUCUGAGGACGCAGUAUUUACUAGUGAGUCCUGUCUGGAAGUUGGAAGAAGUUAUAUAAGCAUUUAUUACAGUUUUGUAUGCAGUUACAGUACAAUUCUGGAUUUGUUGUACCACGUGAGUAAGGUUAAUAUGUUAAAUUGGUUUCACAUAAAAUUUUCGACGCCCCAUUAAUGUAAUUUAUGUCUUUGUACUGAGCAACAUUUGGUAUCACUAAUCUAAUGAUCAUGAGUAGGAGGAACCACCAAGAAUAAGCUCCAAACUAAACAGAAAAAGCCCUUAAAGUACACACAGUGGGCCGGCCUUCACAGGAGAUCACCAUCUGCAUUUGUAUUUUUUUUUUAUUGUGAGUUUCUAUUUGAUAUUGCUUUUCCACAGACAAUCAUGAGCUAGCAUAGAUACAGUACAUGAUGUUAAUAAUGAGGGUUUUAUUGUGCUUUUCCAUGGCGGGUAUAAUGACCCUUUGUGUCUUCCUUUUAAAAAUGUCUUGGAUGUCAUUCUUAUUUGAUGCCAUCACCUAAAGUGAUUCAACAUGUGUGUUGUAUUUUGUUAAAGUAAAUGUUUUGUGUUGAAAUAAAGACUUUUCCAUUAG